UCGUCGCGGCGUAUUUUUCACCGAACUCAAGCAACUUCGGUUUCGCUUUCGUGGACUGUUGGAACGUUGACGGUUUAUUCUUCAGAUUACGAUGAGUGUGUGUGUGUGCUCUUGUCACUUUCGUGUAUUUUUCUUCGUCUCUUGGUCAUAAUGUGAGUUCACAAGAUAGCGUCCACCUGCCAUGGAUUGUUUCAUUUUACUGAGCGCAAUCGCAUUGUGCUGCCCAAUUGGCAUCCUGCUCUUGUUCCUGUGGCUGCAGAAAGUCAGGCAGGAAAGUUGCAAACUCUACCCGGAUAAGAAGCCUACAUUAGGAUUCUUCCAUCCGUACUGUAAUGCCGGUGGUGGUGGAGAACGUGUACUGUGGGCAGCAAUUCGAGCAAUCCAAGAACGCUACCCGAACUACCACUGCAUCGUAUACACCGGAGACAAAGACGUUACACCUGAGGAGAUUGUUACGAACGCGGAGAAACGCUUCAAUAUUAAACUCACCCAACCAGUCAGGUUUGUGUAUCUCCAGAAGCGGCACAUCGUUGAAGCAAAGUACUACCCAGUCUUCACGCUUCUUGGUCAAAGCAUCGGCUCAGUCUUCCUUGGCCUUGAAGCUAUACUCAAGUUUGUGCCAACAAUCUAUAUUGACACCAUGGGUUAUGCCUUUACCUGUCCAUUGUUCAAGUACCUCGGGCUCUGUCACAUCAUUUCGUACGUUCACUAUCCCACGAUCAGCAACGACAUGUUGAGCCGUGUUUCGGAGCAAAUUAAGGCUCAUAACAACCGGGCCGUCAUAUCAAGAAGCCCCUUCCUAACAAGUGUCAAGCUUCUGUACUACCGUUUCUUCGCGUACCUGUACGGACUUUGUGGACGCUGCUCUAGCAUUAUAAUGGUUAAUUCUAGCUGGACGAUGGGACACAUAGUUGAACUGUGGAAAGUUCCGGUCAGGACGUUUCUCGUGUACCCACCGUGCGACGUCACAGAAUUUACGAAGAUUACGAGAGACCCGUCAAAGUUGACCGAAGAGUUCCGAGUACUGUCGGUGGCGCAGUUCAGACCCGAAAAAGACCACGAUCUUCAGCUGAGGGUGUUCGCGGAGCUGAAGGAUCGUCUGCCGCCGGAAGACUUCAGCAGGAUGAAGCUGGUGUUGGUCGGGAGUUGCAGAAAUGAAGCAGAUACCCAGAGAGUGGAAGCGCUCAAGAGAAUGACUGAGGGGUUGGGCAUAGGAGACAGGGUGGAGUUCAAGCUGAAUAUAACGUUUGCAGAGCUGAAGAAAGAAAUGGAACAGGCAUCCGUUGGAAUACACACAAUGUGGAACGAACAUUUUGGGAUCGGUGUUGUCGAGUGCAUGGCUGCUGGGCUGCUCAUGGUUGCACAUGACUCUGGCGGGCCAAAGAUGGACAUUGUGACACCGUUCAAUGGAAAGGUAACAGGAUUUCUCGCAAGUGACGUCCACAGCUACGCAGACGUAUUACAAAAGUUGUUGAGAAUGCCACCGGGAGAGGCACUGGAAAUUCAGACGAAUGGCAGAAAAGCAUCUCGGAGGUUCUCGGACGAGGUUUUCUCAAAAUCGUUUCUGGAUGUUCUUGAAGUGAUUCUGCGAAUCAAAGCUUCAUGAUGUUGGUGUAUCGUUGUUAUCCAUAUCUUAUAAUACAGUACUAAGUACUGCCACGAUGUUUGUUUCAAAUGAGCUGAAACAGUGUCGUUUCCGAACUGCUGAAUAAACUUUCUCGAUGAUUUAUUUUUUACAAGUUUGUAUAAAAAUAUCCAGGAAUAUUGAUACAGCUGAUUUGUGCAAAGUUGUACGAUGUACCUGUACAAUUAAAUAAAAAUUUCAUCCUGGUAA